GUGCUGAUGCUGGUGUAAACAAACCUACUGCACUGCCAGUUGUAUAUAAGUGUAGCACAUAUAAUUAUGUAUAGUACGUAAUGCUUGAUAAUGACAACAAAUGUCUAUGUUACCGGUUUGUGGAUUUACUAUACUUUUAAUCACCAUUUUAGUGUGUACUGCUUCUACUUACUGUUUUUUAAAAGGUCACUGUAAAACAGCCUCAGUCAGUUCCUCCAGAAGGUAUUCCAGAAGAAGACACAAAAGAUGGAUAGAUGAGCAAAGUUAACCAGGUCACUCAGUCAAAUAGAAUAGAAUAACGUUCUCAAACAAAAGACUUACAGAGAGACAUAAGGAGAGCAACUUGCUAUCUAGCUAGAUGCGUUUAUGGAAGUGCAGAGAUGGAGGAGAAGUGAGCCAGGAGACGAGGCUGGAAGGUGAAGCAGACCUCACAGAACCAGUCAAUGCCUACAAAAGUUGACGGACUGGACAAAGCUUCUAUAGCAAACUCAGAUGGCCCCACAGCAGGUUCCCAAACACCUCCCUUCAAAAGAAAGGGGAAACUAUCCACCAUUGGUAAAAUCUUUAAGCCUUGGAAAUGGAGGAAAAAGAAGACCAGUGACAAAUUUAGAGAAACCUCAGCAGUAUUAGAAAGGAAGAUAUCCACACGACAAAGUAGAGAGGAGCUGAUAAGAAGGGGAGUGCUUAAGGAAUUGCCUGAUCAAGAUGGAGAUGUAACAGUUAACUUUGAAAAUUCAAACGGGCACAUGAUACCCAUCGGAGAGGAAUCUACCCGAGAGGAAAAUGUAGUAAAGUCUGAAGAAGGUAAUGGCUCUGUAUCUGAAAAAACACCACCUCUGGAGGAACAGGCAGAAGAUAAGAAAGAGAACACUGAAAACCACUCUGAAACACCGGCAGCUCCUGCUCUACCUCCUUCUGCUCCUCCUAAGCCUAGACCCAAACCUAAACCCAAAAAAUCACCUGUGCCUCCGAAAGGGGCCACUGCUGGGGCCAGCCACAAAGGUGAUGAAGUGCCUCCCAUUAAAAAAAAUACCAAGGCUCCUGGUAAGCAGGCCCCCAUCCCUCCACCCAAGCCAACAAGCCGAAACACGACCCGAGAGGCUGCUGGCUCCUCUCAUUCAAAAAAAACAACUGGCUCUAAAGCAUCAGGUUCGCCAUCCACUUCAUCCACCUCAUCUCGUCCCAAAGCUUCAAAGGAGACAGUUUCUAGCAAAGCAGGGACAGUGGGGACCACCAAGGGCAAGAAAAAAACUGGCAAGCAGCCAAUGACUUCUCGCCUGUCCUCAGACACAACCACUUCUGGCACAUCCGACCUUAAAGGAGAGCCUUCAGAGACCAGAGUGGAGAGUUUCAAACUCGAACAGACUGUCCCUGGAGCUGAGGAGCAGAGCACAGGCAAAUCCAAGUCCAUGGUCCCUCCACCCCCUGUGGCUCCAGCACCUUCUCCUCCGGCCCCCCCUCUCCCUCUUGAGGAUCAGUGCAUUACUGCCUCAGACACUCCAGUUGUCCUCAUCAGCGUUGGAGCUGACCUGCCCGUCUCUGCCUUAGACCCAAGUCAGCUUCUUUGGGCUGAAGAGCCGACGAACAGAACCACUCUCUACUCAGGCACUGGCUUAAGUGUUAACAGAGAAAAUGCAAAAUGUUUCACAACCAAAGAGGAGCUGGGGAAGACAGUGCCUCAGCUACUGACUCCUGGGCUGAUGGGCGAAUCUUCAGAAUCCUUUAGUGCCUCAGAAGAUGAAGGCCACAGGGAAUACCAAGCCAAUGACUCUGACUCGGACGGGCCUAUCUUGUACACCGAUGAUGAGGACGAAGACGAAGAUGAGGAUGGCAGUGGAGAAAGUGCUUUGGCAAGUAAAAUACGCCGGAGGGAUACUCUUGCUAUCAAACUUGGCAACAGACCAUCUAAGAAAGAACUAGAGGACAAAAACAUCUUGCAGCGUACAUCUGAAGAAGAGAGGCAGGAAAUCCGACAACAAAUUGGAACCAAGUUAGUCAGGAGGCUGAGCCAGAGGCCCACAACUGAAGAAUUAGAGCAAAGAAACAUCCUAAAACAAAAGAAUGAAGAAGAGGAACAAGAAGCAAAAAUGGAACUUAAACGCAGACUCAGCAGAAAGCUCAGCCUGAGACCCACAGUGGCAGAGCUACAAGCUCGAAGGAUCCUGCGAUUUAACGAGUAUGUAGAAGUCACGGAUUCUCCUGACUAUGACCGCCGAGCAGACAAGCCCUGGGCCAGGUUAACACCUGCAGACAAGGCAGCAAUAAGGAAAGAACUAAAUGAAUUUAAAAGCACAGAAAUGGAAGUUCAUGAAGAGAGUCGACAGUUUACAAGGUUUCAUCGUCCAUAACGAAGAGUGAGACUAUUUGGAAACAGAGACUGAUCAUCUUUGGGGGAAGCCCUGCUUCCUGAAAACCUGAUAUUGCACUGGGAUUUGAAUGUGUGUGUUUCCGUUUAACUUGUGGUGAAGGAAGUGUGUGACUCAGCUUGGCUGGGAAGUGCUCCUCACCUGUGUGGCCCAGAUGGCUCCAACAAGCAAAAGGAAGGAUGCAGUGACUCUUGCUGCCCAGAAUGCACAGCGAUGGUAAGAGACACCGUGGAUAUUCUUCAUCAGAAGCUUUAAUCAAAGAAGAUGAGCAGAAGACAAUCGCUGGCUCCCUGUUACCAGAAAGCCAAAUUUUAUAAUGCGGGUGAAAGAAAAAUAUAGAUUAAAAUUGCUGGGCACUGAAAAGGGGUGGGAGUUGGAAAUCAGAAAGAAAGAGAAAUAGUUCAUUAUGUUAAUGAAGAAAAGAGAAAAUUGAAGCAUAAAUGUAUUUUUGAAGUAGUUAUUUGGUAGCUGAGAACUUAUUAAGGGAUUUAGGAAUUUAACCUCCCGAUGUGGAUUCCUCGAAGACUUGAUCGGAGAAUAUUCUUGUUUCACCAUUAUGUUGGUACAGUAUAGUACCAUUAUUUUAUGUUGUGCCAGUGAAUCCAGUUGCCAGAAAUAAGUCUGAAUGUUUUCAUGCAUCUUUUUCUUAAAUGCAAGAGCUUCUACUGACUCUUAACAAGCAUGCUUACCCAAAUUUUGUUGCAUGCUUUUAAGUAGCAUUAGCUAUGCACACUUGACAUUUUUAAAUAUCCCUUUCCUAGUGUACCAGCCUUCACAGGAUAAGAGGACUGGGAAUAAAGUCAGAUGUAAUGUGACCCUA